GGUUAGAAGUGGGUCAUUUUCCGGCUGAAGUGAAUUCUCCGGCGGUUUUCCGGUGCGUUAGGGUGAGUGCCAUGGACGAGGCUGAGGAGCAGUUGGCUUAUCAGACGGCUUUGAACAUCGGUGGGCAUGUUUUCAAGGGAAUUCUAUACGACCAUGGUCCUGAAGGUCGAUACAACAACCCUGGCGAAGGUAGUUCAUCCGGCGGUGGUGGUGCUCAACUUCAACAACUUAUUACUUCCGGCAGGACGGCUGGUGCGACGGCGUCCACCAGCAUCCAUCCAGCUGUCAAUUUUAUUGACCCUUCUUCCACAUACCCGACUCCUUUCAGUGCUUUCAUGGCGGGUACGCAAUUCUUCCCACCACCAAGAUCUUGA